UCAUUAUUGCUUUUGUUUCAUAGAGACGUCGUCGUCCUCCUGUUCACCAUGUUUAACUGGGCCAAGCAGAAGCUUGCUGAUGUCGCAGGCACCCAAGAGCCUAUCUACGGCCCCUCAGCCAUCAAAUCUGUCGCCGAAGAAGCCAAGGACACUCCUCACACCGAGCUCACGCGAGACCUACUGAAAUGGAGGGCUCUAGGUACGACGAAUGUUGAGACACAGAGCUUCUACCUCAUUUCGGAGAGCGGGCAUGUCGCUCUUCUGCAGGUGAUCUAUAGCAACGUUGCCGGCAUCCACACGACGUGCCAAUUCAACUCCAAAGUAUUUUACGUUGACCGUUCCAAGCCGCACAUUUGGUGCUCGACACAACUCCACAACCAUGACUUCAGCGAGGAUAAGACCAGCUUCUAUGCCGACGACUGCGCGGUAGAGCUGUCGGAAGACGGGACUUCCUAUACGAUCAAGAGCAUGAACGACGAGAGGUCAAUCGUCAACAUCAAGAUCACGCGGACGGCACCAGGUUUCGUUGCCGGGAAAACCGGCACGUCAUUAUUCGGUACCGAUCUGUCUCGUCCUUGGGGCUUUAUGAGCCAUGCCUUCUGGCCGAGGUGCUUGGCCGAGGGCACCAUCACCACACCCGACGGUCCCAUCGACUUCAAGGGCAAGGCGAUGUACGCGUUCGCUCUGCAGGGUAUGAAGCCUCACCACGCGGCCGCCACCUGGAACUUUGCCAGCUUCCACGGGCCCACUUACUCGGCCAUCCUGAUGGAGUUCACCACCCCGCCGUCGUACGGUACCACGUCGGUUGCCGUGGGCGGCAUCGUCAAGGACGGCGAGAUUGUGUACGCCGGCGUCAACAACACCGUGACUCACAUCAAGGCGAAGGCGGAUUCGGAGAACGAUUGGCCCGAGCCGGAGGAGAUCAAGUUCACUUGGUCCGGGUCUACCAAGGACGGAAAGGCGGUCGAAACGGUCCUGGAGGGUGCGCUCGAGGCGCAUCAGGAUCGAGUGGAUGUCAUGGCCGAGGUCCCUGGGUUCAUCAAGACCCUCGUGGCCGCCACCGCAGGCACCAAGCCAUACAUUUACCAGUACAUGCCCUGCCAGAAGAAGCUCACUCUGAAGCUGAAGAUUGGCGACGAGGAAAUCUCGGAGAAUGGGGAUCUCUUUAGCGAGGCGACCUUCAUUUCGCCGACGCAAUAGAUAGAUAUUACCUUGGAAAAGGACGAUACUAGUUUGAUGUGGCAGUCUUAUCAGGUCGCUUAUCCUAAUAAACAAUGAAUGUUCCCUCUCUUGCAGGUUGUGCCAUUCUGGAUUUCUGGAUAUGACCAGUAAUGACCCGAUAGCGGUUCUUCAUUAAGCAGACACCGAUCGGAUCAACUCUGUCAGGGAAAGGUUAGGGUCAUAAAAUGCGGCAGACAGAUAGGUCCCAUGGUUCCGUGCAAAUGCCUCGCUCAAUGGCUGGAUCGCUAGGAUCUUACAGGAUUGAUUCGUGCCUUGUUCGCCGUGAUGAAAGUGGUGCACCCUUCCUGUAAUAACUAGGUACAGGUAG